GCCUCGCUGGGGUCCAGUUCUACAUCUACGUACGGUACGGUACGGUACGGUACGGUACGGAACGGUACGGUACAUAGUGAGCACGAUUCUCGCAUUCAAUACGACUCGUGCCAAUAAUCAUGCCAGGCGAUUCAGGUAAACAAGCCACCAGAGUGUUCCUGCACAUGAACAGCAAGUACAAUUCAAUUAUACGCCCCUGCAUCCAAAUAGCGUCUGGCUACAAACCCAUUGGAAACUUAUUUACCAUCGAAAGGAACAAGAAGUCUAUCACCAAAUCUGAUUUGAGAAUUUUUGGUCCAGAAUGGUUAAGGAACGAAGCGGCCUUAGCCAAAAACAAAGAAUUUAGGCCUCUUCUGUAUGCGUCCCAUAAAGAACAUCUUCUGCAGAGGCUCAGACUUUUAAAAAGUCUACAAAUCAAUGUCUUCCCGAACACAGAAGAUGAAGAUAGGCGGAUGGUUAAAAACACCAGCAAUACCGUUGAUAUUGCGCCACAAAUAAUUGCUGAAAAAAAACAAGUAAAACCGCUAAAUAAAUUCUCUACCAACUGUCAAGAGAAUACCAUCAAUGACGUAGAUGAGAAAAUUCAAAAGAAAGGUGUGAAUAAAAAGCCCACCAAGAAAAUUGUAAACCCCAAAACAAAUCAGAACAAACCAAACAAUUUCGUUUCAUUUUUGAGAAUUUUAAGAAAGAAACUAAAAUUCCUCUUGGGUUUUAUGAUAUUUCCCAACAUGUUGAUGUUGAUUGGUCAAACAAAUGGACUUGAAUUCCAUAACGAAUAUUUUCCAAUAUUAAAAUGGAAUUCUUUUGAAAAUGUUGCAAAAAACACCACCAGCAUUUUUUUUUCAAACUGUAGUAUUUUCUACGUGGAGUAUACCGCAUUCAACAAAUUUGAAAACAUGACAUAUUUGAGCAUCACCGGAAACAAACUGAAGACAUUCAAUAUAGCUCGGAACCAACUGCGGGUUCUUGAUUUGGCAGACAAUCAAAUUUCUUUCAUCGAACAGGAACUUCUGCUCAACUCCCCAUAUCUAGAAGAACUAUACCUGGAACAUAAUAAUUUAAACAGCAUUGAUUGGAAUUUAAAUGCGCAUUUAAAUCUGCAAAAAAUAAUGUUAAAUGAGAAUCAGUUAACAACCAUCACUCUGAUUUCACCGACCUUGCAAGAACUUUGGAUCAAGUUUGAAAACGGACGGGUUGUAUUUUCAACAACAAGCAAAAUGGCACAACUUACAUUUUUGGAAACCAGCGGAACAGAAACUGACGCAGAUUUAUGCUGGUUAAGUAAUUCAACACUGAUGAUUCGAUCAACUCAAGAAGAUAAAAUCUGUAACAAUUCAACUACGGAGAGUAAGGCACCAGUUAUUAGUUUUGUAAAACAAGAAAGCGUAAACUGUGGAUUAAGUACUUUAAGAGCAAACUAUGAUGAUAUUAUUAUUUCUAAAGAAGACUUCCAGUUAACUAUCAUGUACUUCCAUGCUCUUGUUGCAACAGCAAUUCUAUUAUUUUGUGCAAAUUGUAUUAUUGCUUUAUUGUACUGUCGAAGUUUGAAUCCAAAACAAAAAGAACUGAGGAUUCAGGCAGAGAUUUGUUAAUUAUUAUAAAUACUUGUUAUUCUAUGAUUUUAAUAAAACAUAAAAUUCAAUUCAAUAAAA